AUGAAUCAAGGUACUAUAAUGUUUAACAGCAUUGACAAUUGUGCAGUUGAGCUUCCCCAAAAAAGAAUUGAUGGGUGGCUGAGGCCGACCGAUGUGCCCAACACACAUGCUACGGAACCAUUGGGUGCGUUGAUGAAAUGUGGCAAACGUAUGCCAGUGACAGUCAAAUGGAUUAAAACUCCGAGUGCUUGGGCAUAUAAUCGUGAGCCGAAGCCGUCAUUCACUUCACUAAGGCACUUCGAUGCCAAGCGUAGAAAUAAGUUGUAA